AGAAGAGGCAACCAAUACAGUUCAUCCUCAUUUCACUGGACUGCUGUGCCUGUCAGCUAACAAAAACAGUCUUUUAAUCACCGAUAUCGAAGUGUAUGUGGCCCCUGAGUAGUGGACGAUGUCUAGCCGGGCUCUGCGAAGGCUGAGAGGGAAGCAGCGGGGUCAGGAGGCCUUGGACUUCGGGGAUGUAACUUUGGAUGACAGCCCGGAGGAGCAGGCUGAGGCUAAGGAGGAGCAGCUGGACACGGCUAAUGUUUCUCCCCCGUCUGACAGCAAAGGCAGCAGCCGAAAAGCAAAGAAAAACAAAGCUCAGAAGAAUUUCAGCAACAUUUAUGAACUGAUAGGUGAUGCAGACAAUGAAGCAGAGAAAAUUUCACCUGAUGAAGAGACAGAGAAACCAGAUGGAAGUAGAACAAGCGACAUGGAAAAGAAUGAUAAGAAAGACCGUAAGAAACCAGAUCAAAAGCACGAGGAAGCAUCCAACAAGUCAAUGUCUGGAGACAGAGUUAAAAAGAAGAAGAAAAAGAAGAAAGCAAAAAUGACGUCAGAAGAUGGACAGGAGGCUGCACCAGAUGAGAACAUUGAUUUAUUGCUGGAGAAUCUGGAGCAAUCCAAUGGUCUGAGUUUGCAAAGUGAGGAUUGUGGAGGCUCAGAUAGAAAAUCUGUGCUGCAUGUGGAACACAGGAAUCUCAACCCAGAGACGGAGCUGAAGAGAUAUUUUGGGGCUCGAGCUGUUUUAGGAGAUCAGAGGCCUCGACAGAGAAACAGGCAGUUUCACCGUAGCACAUGGAUGACCAGUCCUAAGGACAGCUGGCCUCGCUUCAGCCGCCCAGGAAUCUCAAUGACCUUACUGGAGUCAAAAGACGGCAUCCAGUAUUUCACCUUUGAGCACAGUCGGGACUACCAGCAAGUACAGUUCAAGUUCCUGGAUGCUGUUGAGUCCAUGGAUCCUAACAACAUUGUGGCUCUGCUGCAGCUUAACCCGUACCACAUUGAUUCAUUGCUUCAACUUUCCGAUGUCUGCCGGAUACAGGAGGAUCAGGAGAUGGCCAGGGACCUCAUCGAAAGGGCCCUAUACAGCUUUGAGUGUGCUUUUCAUCCUUUAUUCAGUCUGACAUCAGGUACCAGCAGACUGGAUUAUCUGAGACCAGAGAACAGAGCAUUUUAUCUGGCUCUUUACAAGCACAUGAUGUUCCUGGAGAAGAGAGGAUGCCCACGGACGGCUUUGGAGUACUGCAAACUAAUCCUGAGUUUGGACCCAGACUCUGACCCACUGUGCAUGCUCCUGCUCAUUGACUUCCUGACACUGCGUUCUCGAGAGUACCACUGUCUCCUUCAGUUACACCAGGACUGGGAGGAGCACCGAAAUCUGUCUCAGCUGCCAAAUUUUGCGUUCUCCACUGCACUUUGCCAUUUCCAUCUUAGUCAGCAGGAAGAUAUCGCUCCUGAAGAAAGUGACAAGCAAAGACAAAAAGCUGACCAGAUGCUGCAGGAUGCUCUCAUCAUGUUCCCUGGAGUCUUGAUGCCUUUACUGGAUCUGUGCACGGUGCAGGCAGAUCCAACAGUCACCUCUCAUAGCUUCUUUGGCCCAAAGAGUCAGUUAGGGCAGCCUCCAGCUCUGGCUGAACUCACAGCUCUGUAUGUGGGCAGAACUUACAACUUGUGGAGGGAAGCAGCAGUAAUGCUUUGGUUGGAAGAGUCUGUGAAGGAGGCGCUGUGUCGAGUUAAUGCCAAAGACCCUCUAGUGGAGGACUGCCAAAACAAGAGAAAGCAGAGGUACCAGAGUGCACCAAGGAACAUCCAUCGCCACGUCCUUCUCUCUGAGAUCAAAGAAGCCACCUCAAGUCUGCCUCUAGAGGUGACCACUCAGCCUGUGAUGGGUUUUGACCCUCUGCCUCCUCUGGACUCAGUGAUGUCAUAUACCCGACCAGAGAGGCAACAUGCUGGUGCAUCCAAUGAGAGUACAUUAUCACUGUUUUUCCGGUCUUUGCUCCCAAACUUCAACCUUCAGGGUGGACCGAGGCUGGAGGAUGACAUGGAAGUGGCUCGAGCUGGACAGGAACUCAACCAGGAAGUAAAUCGCCUCAUGGUGGCAAUGAGGGACAUGCUGGCAAAUAUCCGGUUUCAAGAGCCGCCAAGAGAGGACAACCCCUACAGAGAUGAGGAUGAAUGGGACUGAGAGGAGAGGGAAACAGAGGUGGAUUAAGUGCUGAAUAAAUGGAAAUCAAACAAAGAAACCUUAAAAAUAUUUAAUGGUGUUUAUAAUUAAUAGGAGAUGAAGUGGGACAGCCGACUAGUGAUUUUUAAUUGUCACAAUUUCAGAAAUCUAAGCACAUGGAUUAAAAGAAUAUUCUGGGUCCAUGUAGACAAUGAUGAACAGUCAGAAACAGAUUCAUUGUCAGAAACAGUUAGUUGAACCUGUUAUGUCACCAGGGUUGACAGCUUUAUUCAUAAUUAGUUCCAGCAUCUCCUGUCAUUUUUCAGUAAUACCAACACAUGAUGAGUGUUACCCUUCUUUCUCUCUAAAUUUUCCUGUUCACAAACACACUGUGGACAUCUUUGUGAGGUUGGAACAAAGGUUCAAACAGUUUAUAUGUUCAGUGGAACUUCUGCAUCACAAAUCAUAAAUUUUGCUUGGCAACACUUCAUCAAAAAUCGUUUUUACCACAGAAUCAGCAAAAAAAAAGUUUUUAUUCUCACUGACUAUUCAACAGCUCCUGUCGCUUAAACAAAUCUUUGGGAAAUCAGUACAUUGAAGUUCAUGCUAACUCUGGAGACAGAAGUGCAAAGGUGAGAAAUGCACACCGCUAAACAGAUUUGUUGCUUUACUUGAAUAUGAAGAUAUUAAAUUACUUAAUACACAGCCAGAAAGGCAUUUUUAAUCUGGUAAUCCUAUGUUUCCAAAUUGAAUAUUCACUUGUUCUGUCUGGCACUUAUUCAGUAAUUCAUAUCUGCCUUCAGGUCUUUUAUCAUCUUGACUUCAUAGAAGAUGAGUAGUUAAUGUAAGACUUGCUAUAGACCCUUUAUUUGUUUACAAACAUUGUGACGUUUUUUGUGGGCGGGGCUUAUGCUGGAGGCAAAAGCGGAGCGAGAAGUCAAGCGGGACUGGUAGUAUAUAGUUUGCGCUGGGAGUUUGCGCUGCAAACUCGAGCAUUUUUAACCCGUUAAACUGCAGUGUACCGCCGGCGGUACACUUACUAAUUUGCAUAGGGAUUUAAAGAAUGUCCGAAGGCUGCAAACGCGAUUAUACAAACACUAUACGCCGAUGGAAAGCUUAGAUUCUCAUGAAUCCGCCGGUAUAAACCACUUUCAGAUGUGAUUACCACAGCGGGUAAUAUAAACACAUUUGUCCGACAAACAACGAAUAUCCAUCCAUCCUUUCUCUGUACACGGCUUUAACGUACACAGCGCGACUCACAUUUCCGGGUUUAUUAUUACACACUGUUGAAAAUAUUCCACAAAAAACGGCCAUAAUCCAACCUUGGACAUCCAGACGACACAAGCCAGUAAACUGUUUUGUCCAAAACAUAUCUAAGUCGGUAUAUAAUCCACGAAUCGGUCGUUUUCAAGGAAAUGCACCUCGCGAUGCGCGUCCAAUAUUCCCUGUAUUUCUCGUCAUAUUUUUUAUUUACAAAUAGAAUAUUAGCGAUUUUUUGUACUGAAAAUGGCUGGAAUUGACUGCAGCUGAUCGUCUCUGUCCAGUAUUUUCGCCUCAGUGCAUUUAACCACAACUGUCUUCGUUCCCUCUGAGCACGAGUGCGGUGGAAUCCUAUAAAACUUUAAUUUGCGUUCGCCAAUGUCAUUCCUCCUAUUCUGGCAUCCAAAAACACAGCAGGCUCUAUUAACUUUUUUAGAAAAGUUAAUAGAGCCUAGUCCUUCAGUCUUUCGCCUUUCGGUCACGGCCACGGGUUUCUCUUUUGCCUCCAGCUAAAGCUGUGAUGUCAUUUGUGACGUGGGUCAUUAAAGGGUCUAUUGAAACACAUCUUCAAAAACAUUUAUGAGAAAUUACAUUUGUAAAGAGAAGUAUUUUUGCAGGAAUGCUGUAACCAUAAUCAUCUUGUAAAACUUUACUGUGAUGUAAAAAAAAUACAUGUUAAGUAAAGAAAAUGAGGUAAAAAGUCAAUAUAUGGGAAGCUCUUCACUUGUCAAACUUUUAUGAUUUCCAACCAAAAAGAAGGUUCUCACAUAAAAGAUUCCACAAAACAGGAAGAAACACUUUAUUGUAACUGUGCACAUACAGCAUUAUUUAACUACUAAAAAUGAUGCAUUGAAUUUCAUUACAAUAUUUUCAAAAAGCUGCUGCAAAUUGAGUCGCACCAGAUUUCAUUUCCCAUAGAUAUGAUUUAUGUUUAGACUUGCCUUCAGAUAAUUGUGGCAUUUACUAAAUGAAUUCACACUGUUGGUCACCUUAUCUUCAGUCAUUUACUUUUGUCACAAUUUUUUCACUGAAAAACUUCAAUUGUAAUCCUGUGUGAAUCUUGUCAUUACUGCAGGAUGCCUGCUGUUUUUGUUCUCUGCUACGGUCCGUAACUCUUCUAAUCUGUUUGGUACAGAUUCCAACAUUUCAAUUUGAGUUGACUUGACAAUAUUCAAUUAUUUAUGGCUUACCUAAUAAAGCAGUGCAGAGAUUUGGCUGAAACUUUUUCCAGAAGUCUGCUGCUGUCCAUCAACUUACAUUGAAUCCAAGAGUAUGGCAGACAUUUUCUAAAUUCUAAACUGAAUUUAAUACUUCUUCUGCACUCUCACUCAGACACUCAUGACCUCAUCCACUGAUGCCUCAUUCGCUCCAACAAAACCAGGGGCUGUAAGUGUCCUGGCACCAAGAAAAUGUUUAUGACUUAACUCCUACUUAUUAUUUUUCACCGUCAUCCAAGUGUUUCACUUGUCUUUCGUUGGUUUUUCAGAUCAUUAUUUCUGUGGUAGAAUGCUAGCCUGUCUGACGGUGAGCAAAGCCCUUAUAUAAUUUCAGCUUGCCAAAGUGUCUUUCCCACAUUGUUUCCUAUUUUUGUCUUACUGUCAACCCUCUCAAACUAAAAACGUGUCCCAAUGCCACAAGGAUAUCAUGUGAAACCCAAUCUUGUCUUUUCUGACCAUUUCGAUCACAAUUAGAAACUUUUUUUUUCAUUUAAAAGGCUAAAUAUUAAUGAGCUGUCUUCAAGGCUUCACAGUAUAAAAGGGAACAAACUCUUUAGAUACUGAUCUCUCAACACAUGCUGCAGCUACCAUAUACUAACUUUGUUGCUUAGUGAGCCACAUGACGGCAGUGACUGUGCUUGAUGGUCAAAUGAGGUCAUUGUUUCUAAAUCUCCUGGAGCUAUGGUUGAGGUUGUGAGGUCUUUUCAUGUGAUCCUUCUGCUGUAUAGCAAGGCUUUCAGAUUCAUACCUUAGAAGCUGUCUGAUGUGACUCCAAUCUGCUACACAGAAUAUUAGAUUGUAUUGGUAAUCAAAACGUCAGGGUGUAUUAAAUUGGCAUAGCAUAAUUAUUCUCAUAAGCUGUUCCUAAAGGAUUUUUUUCUGUUGUUGUUUUUUUUUUUAAAUGGGUAGCUUACGUAAAAAUUAGAGCUCGGACUUGAAUGUGUUGAUUUCAAUUAAUUACAGAAAAAAUAGCAUGUUAAAAAAAAGCAUUUAAUCCCAUGUUUCACAGUCCACUAAUUUCUGGCACACCAAUGCAUACUCCAGCCUAGUUUAUGCAAGUCUAGUUUAUGCAAAUGAGCUCUGAGGAGACACACCAGAUCGCACCUCAAAAUGGUACGUGUCCACCUGAUUCGUUUUUCCCACAUGGUGGGCGGUCACUAGCAGGCCAACAGCUAGUUUAGCUGUUUGACCAAAGUUUCGCUAUGCGUCAGACCUCUGCAUGCCGCAUCAAAUUUGCAUAAAAUAGAAGUCUAGUCUACUUUAUGCAAAUGACUGCAGCCUGCUCUGUGGAGACGCAUCGCAACGGAACCAGCAUGCUACGUGGUGUGUUUCACAUACACAAUAAAUGGGAUGCGAGAAAUUGACGGCUCUUGUGAACACAGCUACAACAACAUUGGUACCUGCAAAUGGUGUAGCUCAUAAUAGACCACUUGUCAAGACUUUGAAAGAGCUUGAGUCUACAAAAAGUCUUAAAAUGUUGAAUGUAAUAGCUGUAAUUGCACUGUGAGUUUGCAGUAAUCUGUGAUGUAGUAGACAGAUAUAAAAUGCACAGAUAAAUAUUACAGGAUGGAGGUGGAGCAACUCACAGUAUGGUGUAGAUCCCACAAUCUCACCAUCAAUGUGGACAAGAUAAAAGAAAUGGUGAUUGAUUUUAGAAGGUCUGACAAAGAUCACCACAUGCACCUCACUAGAAACAGUGCUACCGUGGAGUGAGUCACCAGAACUAAGUUCUUGGGACUACCCCUCGCUGAUGACCUGUCCUUCUCCAUCAACUCUACAGAAGUCACCAAAAAGGCACAAAAGUGUCUCCACUCCUAUCGGAGACUCAGAAAAGAAAGACUCCCUAUACCUGGCCUCAUCACUUUUUACAGCGGCACCACUGAAAACAUCUUUACUCACAGCUUUACAAUCCUGGUUUGGCAGUUGCAGGACCCAGGCCAAACAACAGCUCAACAAGAUUGUAAAGACUGCCAACAAAAUUAUUGGUGCUCCUCUUCCAUUCCUGGAGGAGAUCUACCAACAGCACUCCAUGCACAGAGCAACCUCCAUCAAUAAAGACCCCCACCACCCCUCUCAGGGUCUUUUUCCCUCCAGCCGUCUGGCAAGAAAUACAGGAGCAUCAGCUGCCGGACUAGCAAGAUGCGGAGCAUCUUCUUUGCACAAGCUGUAAGACUGAUAAACGGACUGUGCCCCCCCCCCCCCCCCCCCCCCCCCCCCAUGUGAGAAAUGACAAUAAGACAACCUGUCUGAGUGUCUGUAAAACAUUGUAAAUUGGCGGUAGUAACACUAAUCCAUUAUUAAUGGACUGAAUAUCUUUUUCCUCAAACUUAGCUGAAACUCUGCAGUCAGUCUGAAUGAACCUUACUGUCCUGGCAUCACAUCUGAUCUUUCCACCUCAGUAAGCCAUUUUCAAAUCAAAAGUAAUCUAGCUGCUUCUGUUAAAACAACACUAAGUAUUGUCAAGUUUGCACAUAAUCAUUGUUUUAAAGUCAAUAAAGACACUGUUUUUCA